UUAGCCAUUUGGGAGGUUCAGGCAGGGAUUUCCAACCUGUUCAUGGUCUUCAACAAAUUAUCUGUGAACGUUUGACGUGCAUAAAAUUAGACACUGGGCGAGAUAACAUUACUUUUAGGCAUUCUGGUGUCCAAAGUUUGUGCUUCAUAAACGCGUUUUUCCGCUAAAGAGAUAAUAAAGAUAAAGUUUCCGACUGUGCUCCAUCGAAAAACUGCACUUUCUCCGGUUCAACAAUGUUGAAGCAUAUGGCGCUCUGCUGCCUUAUUCUUCUUGUGCGGUACUCACUCCAGCAAAUUCCCAAUAAAAGGAAUGGCAAGAAAGAUGGUGGUAACACAGCCGCUAUCGAGGAACUGAAGAAACAGAUAAAAAACAUCACAGAGGAUCUGCGCCUACUGAAAGAGAGGCAAGCUCUGCAAACCGUCUGUCUGAAAGGAACCAAGAUCCACGGCAAGUGCUUUCUGGCUGAUGACACAAAGAAAAGCUACCAUGCUGCAAGUGAAGACUGCAUUAACAAGGGGGGCAUCCUGUGCACGCCACUGACGGGUGAUGAGAAUGAUCAGCUGUAUGAUUAUGUGCGCCGGAGUGUGGGGCCAGAGGAGCAGGUAUGGCUGGGCAUUAAUGACAUAUUGACUGAGGGGAGCUGGCUGGACCAGAAUGGUGCCACUGUUCACUACAAGAACUGGGAAACGGAGAUUACCCACCAGCCAGAUGGAGGGCGUUUCCAGAACUGCGCAGUGCUGUCCACCACCGCCAAUGGGAAGUGGUUUGACGAGAGCUGCCGUGCUGAGAGGGCCUCUAUUUGUGAAUUCAACAUCAUUUAAGAACCAGAGCUAUUCGAGUUGUACCCUGGCGGCCAAAUGUGGCCUGACAUACCUAUACUCUUGGCCCUUUGAUUACCCAAAAAAUUACUAUGCCCAGGCAGCAUCUGCACAGGAGUUAGCAUGCUCACUGCAAAACCUACAACAAAACAAGUAUUUUAGUCUUAUAUUGAGACUUAAAUCUUAUUUCUUUUACUUUUUUGCUCCAUAAGACAAAAAUAUUGCCAAUGAGGUAAGACAGUUUGACUCAUUUCAAGAUUUGCCAAUGGAAUAAGAAAGUUGCACUGAUUAUUAACAAGCUAAUAUGUUCUACUUGAGAGACAAUAAAGAUCUUAAGUCUUAUUACAAGACUAAUAUGCUUAAGAAAGUCACUUGCAGUGCUGUGUCCAAUAAAAUAUCUUAUAGUGAUUCUUUUUAUAGUUCACGUCGGUCAUUUACAUUAUUUUUUUUUCGUUUUUUUUAUUUCUGUAAGAGGACAUGGGAGGAGUUGUACAUGGGUUGAGAGUUAAAGCAAGAAGAAGCAAAAUAAAUGCACACCAUAAUUUUAGGCUCUGGUGAUCAUAGUGAUUACACACCUUAAGCUCCUCAAUUUUAUUUCCAGAAUUUUGCUCAAGUUCCAGCAACAUCUACAGCCUGUGCUACACAUCUGAUCAGUGCAUACCAUUUUUAUAAAGAUUCUAUCCCAUAUGAGAUUUACGUAGGAGUUGGCGGAACUGAAGAAUCCUGCUUUAGAGGGAUUUCAUAAUAUAUUGUAGAACACAUGUAUUUUGCAUCUGCACUUAUUAUAUAAUUUAGUUUUUCAUUUGUGUCUUAUAUUGUAGUAACUAUGGCUUUUAUAUAGGGCUGGCCAAAAUGGGCUGUGUUAUUGGCCAAAACUUUGCAUGGUACCUAAUAUCUACAGAGGAAUGAAGUGAUAUGCUAUAAAAUGAAAAUACACUAUUUUAAUUAUACUGAUUUUCUGUUUGUACCUUUGCUCCUUAGUGUGCCUACAUUGUUAAAUUGUAUGUUUCAUAAGAAUGACAUUGAUAGGUAACUUCCUAGUAUUAAGUACAUUCAGAUGAUUAUUACUUGCCCGACUCAUGUACUACAGGAGUGCACAAUAAAAGAUGUGCUGUCUGAGAUAAAUGUCAUGUGCUGUUGCUGCACAAUUACAGCAACAGCAUGACAGAUGUAUUGUCUGGCAGAUGAGUUUGAUGAUGGGUAUCAACUGUAUUACAGGAUUUAACAACAGGAAAAUAACCGGGCUGAUUCAUUUGAAAAUAUAAAUGCAGCUAAAGAAAGCUAUACAUUUACUGGUGUAACAGUGAAACCUCAUUACUUUCUUAUUUUUAAUUAAUUCUAUCCUAUUUAUGUAGGCUCAAGUUAGAUGCUGCUCACACUUCAUGGAUUUAUAUUUUCUAUACUUUACACCUUUAUACUGACUUUAAUGUGGAACAUUUCUGAUCUCAUUUUUAAAUAAUGAAAUAAAAACCAUUAAAUAGCCCAA